GUCCGAGUCCACUACGACACUGUUGACUCGGGUUAAGGUUAUAUCCCUCAUCUCUCUCUAUCAUCUCUCAGCUGUGAACCCUCUCGACUUAUCUAGUAUCAGAACAAACACCGUUUUUACCCACCGUGUGAAGUGGUAACCUACCUGGAUCGGAUUGGACAUAGUCGGGGCGAAGUCCCGAAAACCCGAGGAGCAUUCCAAAAAAAAAAGAACAAACACCGUUUUUAUUUAUUUAUUUUCCUUCACUUCUUUUUCCUCUGAUUUAUAUCCCAUUACAUAGUUAGUUAUCUGCUACUUGAUUGAUUCUUUGCCAGCUCUGGAUUUGAGAAAAUUACAAUCACAUCACAUCGCAUCACAGGAUUGGAGAACAGCAGCAUUAGGGGAAAAAUGCAGGCUCAUGAAGCUAAUAAUACUCUUUUAUAUCCUGUUGUGCUAAGAGGUACACAAAUGGAGUGUGGGGAUGCAGAAGCAGUGAUAAUUGGGGGUAUGGUGUUGGACAUUCAUGCUACACCUUCAAUCCAUGUCAAUUCGGGAACUACUACCCCUGGCAAGGUCUGUUAUGUCCAAGGAGGUGUGGCAAGGAAUGUAGCUGAGUGCAUGUCAAAGCUAGGAGCAAAGCCAUACAUGAUUAGUGCUCUCGGGUUUGACAUGGCUGGAAAUCUGCUGUUGGAACAGUGGAAAUCUGCUGGCCUAUCCACAGAAGGUAUUUUGAAGGAUAAAGAUAUUGAGACUCCAGUUGUAUGCAAUAUAUUUGAUGUUAAUGGCGAGGUAGCAGCUGGUGUUGCUAGUGUGGAAGCUCUUGAAAAAUAUCUGACACCUGACUGGAUCUUGCACUUCAAGAGCACUUUACUUUCUGCUCCAGUGGUAUUGGUUGAUGCAAAUCUGAGUUGUCCUUCUCUGGAAGCUUCUUGUAAAAUGGCAGCUGACACAGAAUGUCCUGUCUGGUUUGAGCCAGUUUCAGUGACUAAAUCCCGGAGAAUCAGUUCUAUUGUCAAGUAUGUAACUUUUGCUUCUCCAAAUGAAGAUGAACUUAUUGCGAUGGCUAAUGCUUUAUCUGGUGGUGAUCAGUUCCAUCCACUUAUAGAAAGUCAUUACAAAAAUAACCUUUCAAGUGUAUCUUUGUUUCAAAUGUUGAAACCAGCAAUAUGGGUUUUGCUAGAAAAAGGCAUUAAAGUGGUCCUAGUGACCCUCGGCUCAAAUGGAGUGUUUUUAUGCAGUAAAGGAGGGCCAAGCUGCUUUAAAGUUCCUGUAGAGAAAAUGAAUUGGUGUAGUUUUGGUGGACAAUUAUAUAGGACUGUUAUGCAAAAGUGUCCACCAAAUUGUUAUUCUGGUUUUUCAGAACUUGAUAGAAGCUCUCGUCUCUUUGUUGUGCAUUUUCCCACAGUUCCUGCAUCAGUUGUGAGGCUUACAGGGGCUGGUGAUUGCUUGGUUGGUGGAACACUCGCAUCAAUUUGUGCAGGAUUAGAUAUUAUGCAAAGUGUGUCUGUUGGCAUUGCAGCGGCUAAAGCUGCUGUUGAGGUUGAGGCUAAUGUCCCUUAUGCUUUCAGUUUAGCUGCUAUUACGGACGAUGCUAAAUCUGUAUACUCUGGUGCCAAAGUGCUCUUCCACCAAUCAAUGCUGUAAAUUUUGAAUAAACAUCAUGUUAGAUGAACAGCUUGAGUUGUGAAACAGCAACCACCUUUGUCCAAAAUAUGGUACGUUAUCACAAGGUUUUAUGGCAUUGGAGUAUGAAUGAGUAACUAUUUUUGAAACUUUUAGAAAGUUUUCACAUUUGUCUGUAACAAUUUGAUUGGUAUGCACUGUCAGGGUAAGAGUUUUCUACACAUUUGCAGCAUACUAAAUUAUUAACUACUAAUUUUCCUCCUCCUCUUUAUCCUUGGGAAAUUCACCUCAACUUUCUGUUUUAAGAUUAACCAACAAAAGAGAAAGCUAAACCAAGAACAAUGCCACGUUGCCGAUGCUGACCGUGUUAGUUAAUCUAGUUCAACGUAGAUAUAAACCUGUGUAUUAUUAUAGUGUGUUUCGACUUUUAUGCAUUAUGCAAAUGCUAUGAAAAGGGUGUGUUGACAGUGUUGUAUACUUUGAUGACUCCUUAUUGUCCGUUUUGUGGACUCCGCUGGCCAUUGCAGAAAGUAUAU